AUGUGUGUUUUUGAGAAGGUUGACUCCGAAGGUCCGAACGCGGGUUGCUUUGAAGAAUUUCCUCAAAGACAGUUUGUGAGAUUUCAACGAAGAAUGCGGGUGUCGGAUUCGACGGAGUUGCGAAAGAAAGUGCUAAAGCAGGUCCAGGAAGAUGCCAACGACGAGGCGUAUCUGCUCGAGUUGUUGGUAAGACUUUGUGGGGAAUAAUGAAAGUCUGUCGGGAAAAUAAUGUGGAUUUUCGCAGCAAAAUGUCUCAACUGCAUAGACCGAGUUUCAAAGGGCGGCUAGCCAUCGAAAAGGUUGCAAAGCUCGACAAGCCCACAUUAUUUUCCCGACAGGCGUUUUUAGGACUGCGUAGAACUAGCUCUUUUACAAUCUUCCCGGGGUCAAAAAAUGUGUGUAGGAAAUAUAGGACAAGGGUGUAACGUUCUAUCGGACAAAUAAUGUGGAUUCGUCUUCGAAUCGCGAGAGUUGUAAGCAGCUGGAGAAUUCGUGAGCGGCUGCGCGGGGCAAAUAAUUUGCUGCCUCAAAUAACUUUGGAAACUUUUUACGCAUGCGCUCACGCGGAACUCUUCUAGUCUAGCUACUGCGGCAUUUUGGGACCUUCUCCGUUAGGCCAUUGCUUGAACAAAGCAAAGCCUUUUGAGGAUUUUUUGAAUUUCAUAAAUUUCCAGAACCAAUCAAGUAAUAGUUCGAAGAAGCCAAGCGCCAAACGAAAAGCUCAAGCAGAAUACGGAGCGUCGUCGAAGAAACGUCGCCAAGGCUGA